AUGGCUAAGAAGAAGAAUAGCAAUAAUAAGAACAAGAAGCAUGCGAAGGCUGAAACCGCAGUACACGAGUCACAACCUGACACGCAUACAAAAGAGAGCGCUGCUGAGGAAAACGCAGAGGAAGCUAUCACAAGUGAAGAUGGCCCGACUGCGGUGGAUGGUGGUGAGGAGGUUGCCGAGGAAGUUGAAGUACUACAAGAGACUGGAGUGGAUAGCCCAAGUUCUCAAGACCAGGGAGUGCAAACUGAGGAGAAAGUGUCUGAGGGUGUCUCUGAUGAUUCAAGAGUAAAAGAACUGGAAGAGGAGGUAUCAAAGUUAAGGUUGGCCAAUGAGGGUGUUGAACAGCUUCAGAAGGAAUUGGAACAGACUAAGGAGUCCAAGGAAAAGAUUCAGGUCCAGUAUGAUGCUUUGCUCGCAAGGAUCGGGUCGAUGAAAUCUGUGUUUACGAAGAUGAAGGAACACGAACUGGAACUUGAAGAGACAAAGGACCAACUAGAGCAAUAUGAAAAGCAAAACUUCCAGUUGAAGCAAAAGUCACAACACUUUGAGAAGGAGAACAGUGAAUUGUCCAAGACUGUGGAGCUUUUAAAGACUGAAGGUCACGAUCUAAACGCCGAAUGUGAUAGAUUGAGUGCAGAGUUGAGAAACUUGAGAUCAGAGUACGAUUCAAAGGAUUCGGGCUAUACGAGUGAGAAAUCUCAACUCGAGAGCAUAAACCGUCAACUGUCCAGUCAAUUGGAACGUUUGAAACAGUCCAACGAGGAGUACAUUGUCACUAUUGAGAACAACAAGAACGUUAAUAUGUCGUUGAACAACGAGAUUACAACGUUACAAGACCAAAUAUCCGAGCUCAACAAAGUGAUCAAACAGCUCGAGGCUGAUGGAGAAUCACAUUUGAAUGAGAGAUCUCAGCUUCAGGCGAAGUACGAGAAACUCUCAAACGAGUUCAAAGUCUCCUCUGAAAAGCACGUUGAAUCCCUCAAUGCUUUACAAACCGAGUUACAAUCAUCAAGUGAUAAGUACGAAGAAUUGGUCAAUCUGAACGCUAAACAGAGAGAUGACUGUGCUAGAAUUCCUCAGCUGGAACAAGAGUUGAAAGAGAAGCAACUACAAAUAGGUAAGCUUCGUCACGAAGCUGUUAUCCUAAACGAGCAUUUGACCAAGGCAUUACAACUGAUUAAGAAGAACAGUGCAUCUGAACAAGUUGACAAGGAGUUAGUGACCAAUUUGUUCAUCUCUUUCCUGACCAUUCCAAGAGGGGAUACGAAGAAGUUUGAGGUCCUACAGUUGAUCUCUAACUAUCUGGGAUGGAACGACGAACAGAAAUUGCAGGCAGGGUUGUCGCAUAACACCAGCAGUAGAGUCAACUCCAGGGAGAGCUUUGUAUCACUGUGGACAGAAUAUCUGGAGAAAGAGAGUAGCUAAUCCCCAUCGCAGUAUAUAUAGAUCAAAAAAGUAUUCAUCCCGG